AUGCCUACUUCAACGGAGUUUGAGCCAUGUUCUGAUGAUUACAUCACCUCCGUUGAAGUAGGCAUCACAAACUAUAAUCACGACACUCUCUCGGUUGUGAUGCUGACAAUUAAUAGGACAAAUAGGGGAAUAGCUCGAGCGUUCGGAAGCGGUCUUAUAGGCUCAAAUGAGGAGCCGGUUUUGGCUUCGAUCAAGUAUGAGAAAAUUUUGGUUUUGCAGAAGAGAGAUCAUAAGAUUUUGGGGUUCUAUGGAAGAUCUUCCAAGUUUCUCGAAGAAAUUGGUGUCUAUGUCGAGCCAAUUAAUGAUGAAUAA